CCCUAAUGAUACUAUAGAGUGAUUGAUGUUUUCUCCACAUAGUUUCUAAUUAUGUGAUGUAACUAACCAUUAAAUGAGAUGCUUCAAUUUAGUGGCUAGUUGUUAGCUAUCCGUUUCCAAAGCUCUUUCAGAAAGAUGACCAUAUGCUUCCUAAUUUCUGUGUUUAGCAUGUUUUGUUCUGUAGUCCUUCAAAGUUGUUAUCAAACAUGAACAUUAGCUGAAUAUUUUGUAUCACUUGCUCGUGGACAUAUCAAAACCUCACAACUUAUUCUGUUGUUUUUUGUUUCUGAAUUAUACACACAUGACAUAAAUUUAUUACUAAAUCAUCCUAUACAGUCCAAGAUGAUGCAGUUCAUGGUUUUUAUAUAAUUUAGUUUAUGAAUGUAGCCCAUAUCUUACUUGGAAAUUUGUGGAUGUUAUUUUGUGGUAGCCCUAAGGAAAAUAAUUUAUACAGCUCGAAGUGCGGAAAAAAGAGAUUAAUCAUUUAUAAACCAAGAAGUAUGUUGAAGAUUCUAAUCCACCAACCAAUGUUGAGCAAGAUACAGAUAUGUGGUGACAUCCAUGGACAGUUUUAUGACAUGAAAGAACUUUUUAGAGUAGGAGGUGAUUGCCCAAAGACUAGCUACUUGUUUCUUGGGGACUUCGUGGAUAGAGGGUUUUACUCCGUGGAGACGUUUUUGCUUUUACUUGCCCUGAAGGUGAGGUAUCCAGACCGGAUAACACUGAUUAGAGGCAACCAUGAGAGCCGCCAAAUCACACAGGUGUAUGGAUUCUAUGAUGAAUGCCUUAGGAAGUAUGGUUCUGUCAAUGUUUGGAGAUACUGCACAGAUAUAUUUGAUUACCUAAGUUUGUCCGCUCUCAUUGAGAACAAAAUUUUUUCGGUUCAUGGUGGUCUCUCUCCUGCUAUCAACACAUUAGAUCAGAUUCGGACAAUUGACCGGAAGCAAGAAGUACCUCAUGAAGGUGCCAUGUGUGACCUCCUAUGGUCAGACCCGGAGGAUAUCGUGGAUGGGUGGGGUUUGAGUCCUCGUGGUGCCGGUUUCUUGUUCGGUGGCAGUGUCGUCACUACUUUUAACCACACCAACAACAUUGAUUACAUUUGUCGAGCUCACCAGUUGGUAAUGGAAGGUUACAAAUGGAUGUUCAAUGACCAGAUAGUUACUGUCUGGUCGGCUCCAAAUUACUGUUACCGGUGUGGUAAUGUAGCUGCCAUUCUUGAGCUGGAUGAGAAUCUCAACAAAAAGUUUCGCGUAUUUGAAGCCGCCCCACAGGAAUCAAGAGGAGCUCCUGCUAAAAAACUAGCACCAGAUUACUUUCUAUGAUGGAGUCAUCCAUGAGUCGUGGCACCGUUUCCGGUUAACCAAAGAGAUACACAUUUUGCAAUGAAGACGGUUUUGGUUAUGAUACAAAAGGAUUCAGUGGGUCGAUAUUAGGCUUGUGGCCUAGGGUCGUUUCGCUACCCCUUUUUCUUUUGGUAGCUUUUUUUGUCCAUCUCUUUGCUCAUACCAUUGAUUUCAUUUACUUGUUCAUGGGUAAGCCUUAGUGUGUAUCAAUUGUGCAUGUAGAAGGUCAACUUUAGGUCACACAUACUUGAACUUGAAUUUCCAUAUCAUUUUUUGGAUUUAAGAACAUCUGUAUAAACUUCCAACAUCGAACGUUUCGUCUAUUAGUUACACUUUCAAUGGCCACUCGUCACAGCUUCAAGUG